AUGCAGCAUCAGGACAGAUAUAUUAAACUCAACUUCCUGGGGGCUUGCAUGGCUCUCGACGGACGGAGGGAAGCGGGGAACAGGCAUUGGCUGACCUGUGCCGUGGUCCCGGAGGAUUCCUCCUCGAAAUGCUUGGAUAUGUGUUGUGUGGGCGGGAGCUACGAUCGAACCACAGGCAAAGAGGAAACCGGACUGAUGAGUCUCGUUUUCGAGCGUUUUUACGCACCAUUUCUGACCCACAAAUACACGAAGGCAUACUGCGUGUGGGUCAUCUACGCGGUUUACCUUGCAGUUAGCAUCUACGGCUGUACCACCCUAAAGGAAGGACUGGAUCUACGUAACCUAGCUCUGGAUGAGUCCUACAUGCGUCAUUACUACGACGACCAGGGUGAGUAUUUCUCAGAGGACAACUACAACGUGAUGGUGGCAUGCGUUUCUAAUUUUGAAAGCCUGGACUACGUGAACAACACCUUCGGUUGGUUCGGGUCCUUUGUGCGCUACGCAAAUGCGAACAACCUUAGCGACGGAUCUCAAGACCUCCAAUUCAGUUCGGACUUCAACCGGUCUGCCAACGACAAGGUUGAGGCCUCUCGUUUUUUCCUUCAGCUGCGCAACGAGGCGUCGGCUAAAGACCUGGUGACUGGACUCAGGCGGGUAGCAGACGAGUGUCCAGUUCACCUACUGGUGUAUCAUCCUGCUUUUGUGUACUUCGACCAAUACACGGUUAUUUUACCGAGUACUAUACAAAGCAUCCUGGUGGCGGGGGGUGUGGUUCUACUCGUGUCGUUUCUCUUGAUUCCCAGCCCGCGUUCUUGCGUAUGUGUGGCGUUGGCCGUCUGCUCAGUCAUGUCCCUGUGGAGUGUCAACCUGGACUCCGUUUCCAUGAUCAACCUGCUCAUGUGCAUCGGGUUCUCCGUGGAUUUCUCCGCACAUAUUUCCCACGCGUUCAUCGCCAUCCCCGAGACGGACGCCGAUGGGAAAGCCACGGAUGCCUUGGCCCGUUUAGGUUGGCCAAUCGUGCAAGGAGCUCUGUCGACUAUUUUGGGAGUGGUGGCCCUGUCUUUAUCCCGUAGCUAUCUGUUUAGAACGUUUUUCAAGAUAGUCUUUCCAGUCAUUACAUUCGGGCUACUUCAUAGUUUGGUGUUGAUUCCGUUCUUUUUGACCGUAUUCAAAUAUCGUAUAACAAAAUAGAAAAGUCAAUGACGUCUUUAUUCAUCCUUUAUUAGAUGAGUACCAUUUUCUCCUUUUAUAAUAAGGUUUAAGAUGUCUAUCAGAAUUAUUUUUCCA